AUGAGGCUACUGAAGGUUGCGACGUGUAAUCUUAAUCAAUGGGCUAUGGAUUUUGACACUAAUUUAAGGAACAUUAAGGAGAGCAUAUCUAAAGCUAAAGAAUCGGGAGCAGUAAUUCGAGUUGGUCCUGAGCUUGAGAUUACAGGUUAUGGCUGUGAAGACCAUUUCUUAGAGCAAGAUACUGUGGCUCACUCGUAAGCAGAUACUCCUGAAGUUUUGUUCCACAUUUAUUUAUUUCUGUUGCAUCUCCCUUAGAUAAUAGUUUUGAUAAUGUUAUGGGCCAUGAGACAUUCAUUUUCUUGUAAACAUAUAUAUAUUGCCGCUAUCUUCAUACAUGCAAUUAUAAGAUGGUAAAUUACCAGAUAAUGUUAUUAUCUAAAACCGUUAUAAUUUGUUUUUUCAUGGCACUUUCUCUAGCACAAAAUUCAAGAUUGUCUGAGCCAAUGUUACAUUUUCUUUCUGGGUCAGUGGUAAUAUUUCUGUGCAGUUUUCUCUGAUAAGAUGUGUUUUUCUGUCUAUUUUUUUGACUCUUUAAUGAAAUGCUACUCUUUCAUUGAUGCUACGUUACUUGUCAUAAUGUAAUGCACUUUAUGAUAUUACAUUGAAGUUUACCUUUUGUAGAUGGGAAUGCUUGAAGAAUUUAUUAUCAGGUGACUGGACUGAUGGCAUAUUGUGUAGCAUUGGUAUGCCCAUUAUUUACCAAAGUGUGCGCUACAACUGCCAGGUCUUCUGUUUGAACCGGAGAAUACUCAUGAUCCGCCCAAAGAUGUGCCUCGCAAAUGAUGGAAAUUAUAGGGAAUUCCGUUGGUUUUCAGCAUGGACACUGAAGGAUGAACUCGUUGACUUCCAACUUCCAAAUGAUGUUGCUGAGGCCCUAUCUCAGGAGUCUGCUCCAUUUGGUUAUGGAUACAUUCAAUUUUUGGAUGUGUAAUUCCCAAUAACUUUUGCUAUAUGAAAACCCAUGAUGCAUUUAUUUUCUGUUCCUAAUUUCACCUCUUGUUCUGUUUAACGAAUUGUAAUACCAGGAUUAGACUCGUUCCAUGUCAUUUUGGGAGCAAAUAAACUUUACCAUUUUGAACUUAAUCAUGUGGUCAUUUUGAUCGUUUGUAACUCUAGUUUUAAAUAACAUUGUCUGUUAAGUUUUGUUCAUUGCUCAUCCAUUUGUUCAUGGAAACCUUUCUCAAAGUUGCAAUGGAACCGUUCUCAGACAUUUUCGUGUUUUUUGUUAGGACUUAGGAGAAACUUUGGCUUAGCUGCGCUUAUAUUCGAUGCACAUGAUCACACUGCUCUCUCCUUUGAGAAAUUCCAUGGAGGAAUGACAAAUAAGGGAUUUAUUAUGUUCCUGAAUAGAUUUCGAAAGGGAAACAUGAAUCAAAAGGCGUGUUUGUUGAGAAAAAGUUGGAUAGAAAUCAUCAGCCACCUGUACUCUGCUUUGAAUUUUACGUCAUACUUGAGAUUCUUUCACGUCUCUCCCUCAGCCCAUCCAAAGCUUGGAGGGAUUAUUUAGGUCGCUUCAAGUUUGGGACUCCUGUCCACUGUAUAAAAGUUUUAGCCCUCUAGUCAUUAUCUCUUUGCUAUCUCUUCUACUGGCUAUCUUACCUGGACUCUGAUAUGUAUUUUGGGAAAAACCAAGUGAAUUUAAUGCUUCGAAAAAGUUUGAAUGAAUGUGGGCCUCCAUCCAUGCUGUGCUACUUAGUGUGAGGCCCUUAAGUGUAAUUGCUCUUGAAAUGAACGCUCCACUUGUUAGAGUGAACAGGAGUUAGUUAUAUGUUUUCAUUCUAAUACGAAAAGUAGCUCAUUAUUCCAUUUACAACUUUUUCCUUAGAGCUAGCUCUAAAUAUGUGGAAUGAAAUUUUCUAGAUGGAAAUAUGUCAACACAUUUAGCAUGAAAGCUCAACGUGAGAUGUACUGACACGAUCAAUUUAUAGUGGCAUGGCAAUCAUUAGUCAACUUAUUAUUCAUGUCUUUAAAAGUGUGUUAAAUGCUGAUUUUGAUGUCACCUUUUACUCAGAAGUGGCAUCAUAUUCUGGUGGUGUUGACACAUUUAGAAGUGAAAUAUAAGACCGUACAAAAUGAUAAUUUAAAUAAUAAACAUUAUUUUGAGAUAAAAUGGAAAAAAUAUCUUUUUUACAACAAUAUUGUUUUGCCUUAAGCAACUCUAUCAUUUGAACUGUAGAAUGGUAACACUGAUAUUUAUUGAAAGCAACUUUAGCAAUUAAAAUAUGGGAUUGUGACUUCAAUUUCAGAAAUUCAGAGGAUUAUAAUGUACUCUUGGUCGAAGUAUCUCACUGGGAUAUUUUAGGAGUUUCAAAUGCCAAUUUUACUGGACCAUUUGCAAUGUGUAUCCGCUUACUAAAUGAUCUAAUUUGAUACAUUGCAUCCUGUACCUCUGAAAAAUAGCUUGUGUUGAUAUUUAUCUUUGAAAGCGAACUUGAAAGAGGUAAAGAUGCAGGGACUGAGCCAUAAUUACAUGGGUCAUCUCAUCAUCUAGCCUCAUUUGCCUUUUCAUCUGGUUAUAGUAAAGCUUAUGCUUCGAGUUAGAUUUUUUUAGGUAACCAACCAGCCAUUUUUUGUUUCUGAGUUCAAAGUUAACUGAGGAUCCCUCAGGGUCAAUUAGCAGUCUUUCCUCUCGAUGGUAAGGUCGAUUAUCAAUUGACUAUAUCCUGCAAUCACUGACCACUUGACCACCACUUAUAUUGCGUCCACAGUUGUUGACUGUUCGUUGUUUUGUCUCUCUUAAAAUCUAUGUUUUAUUUUAAAAAAUUAUGUAUAUCAAGGAAUCAUAGAAAAAUAUAUUUUUUGGUUUUCAUUUUCGGGGACUAUGUAUCUCUCCUUAUUUUAUUGCAAAUAAUUUACCUUAUAAACAUGCUGUUGUUUUGUUUGGGCUACUCUGUUUGUAGUGAUUUUGUUGUCACAUUUUAUUCACAGAGCUAUUGCUGCUGAAACAUGUGAAGAGCUUUUCACUUCUGAUGCUCCUCGCAUUGCUCUUGCACUGAAUGGUGUCGAAGUGUUUACAAAUGCCAGUGGAAGCCACCAUCAACUGAGAAAACUUAAUCUUCGAAUAGAUGCUAUUAAAAGUGCUACUCUUUUUUGUGGAGGUGUUUAUAUAUAUAGUAAUCAUCAAGGAUGUGAUGGCGGUCGUCUGUAUUACGGUAUGUGUCUUUGUUUUCAGUUUAUUAUGAUUUUUUUAACAGUAAAAUAUUUUCCGUCAAUAUCACCAUAUUUUUUAUCAUUUUGAGUACCCUCUCCUUUAGAAUCUUGAUUCUUAUCUUCUAAACUUCUCCUUUGAAUGUCAUUACCCAUUUAUUUCCGUCAAUACAUGCGCACCGAUGAAACCAGGGGAUUGUUUCCAUGUCCAAAUGCUUGCUUUGCGUUAGUUGUAGUUCUUAGAUAAUUUCAAGUCACAUAGAACAGUAUGACAUAUUCCCCUUGUGGAUUUUGAUUUUGUUAAAAGCCAUGUUUUGCAUGAGGUUUAUUCAUGUUUAUACGGAAUUAGGCUGUCAUAAAAGUGGUUGGCUAGUACGAAAUUUCUGGCAUAUAGCUUCUGAAAGUAUCUUUUAGAGACCUAGUUUAUGGUACCUUUUUUCCUAGUAUAUGGGAAUAGUGAUAGAAGCACCGUUUUUUGGUCUUUGGUAUCUAUAUGAUGAGUUGUUGAUUUGUGACGCUUGGAAUGAUAUUGACAUCUCCUUUUUUGUGCUAAGUGCAAAGUAAUGUAGAUGAUAAUCAUGUUUGGAAGGUUUAUAACCAUCAGAGGUAUCUAGGAAAGCCAUUGAACUUGAGAGGGGAAUUUUUUUCCAACAAGCCUUACAAGGAGCUCUAGGUACUCUGAAUAGUUGUUUGAAUAGUGAGUUAUAUUUUCGUUUUCGAUUGAUACAUGGCCCAAAAUAGUGAAAUUCUAUUUGAGGAAAAAAGGUUGAAAUCAACGUAGCAGUUUAUUACAGUGGGAUUGCUGAGAUGAAUGUGUGACAGAUAGUAGAUAGCGGUUUUUAUCAUGUCCCUCAUGGUGCCAUCCGUGCCUUCUAAACAACAUCAGAAUGAUUGUCAAGCCUGUUGCCAAGGUUUUCCACCUCUCUUCUUGUUUCGUAUGUGCAGAUAACUCUUAUUGUUGGUGCCUCUUGUUGUCCCCACACCCUGCCCCUUUUCUCUCCUUGAGACACUGCUGUUUCUUGGCACCUGCUUCCUAUACACUAAAUUCAGCGGAAAACUAGCAUCCUCUUCAACACAGAAUCGUGCUAGGCACCAUAUUCUUAUUCCCUUGCCUAGAAUAACUACCUGCUCUGAAGCGGUAAUCCAUCAUAUUGUCAUUCCGUACUGUUAAACGGUUCACAGAAAAAAUGUGCAAAUACUUAAAUGCAGAGAAUAAUAUUUAUACAUUAUCAAACUUAUGCAUGCCCAGACAAUUUUAUUUCUUUAUAUGAUUUUUCUUCUUUUGUUUCCCGGAGUUUACUUUGUUUCCUGUUGUACACAUGGUCUUGUUUUCUGCAUUAGUUAGUGCAGUUAUUUCUUAGUUCAAGGAUGUCUGUCAUUGCAGUUUCCGUGCAUGAAAGUAUGAAGCACAAAAUAUAGAAUUAUAAAGAGCUAGGAAAAAGGGCACAACCAAAUUGAAUUGUGCUGGAGAUAUUUGUGAUCAUCAUUAUUGUUUCUUGCUAGUACUGCAGAUGGUAAAUAAAUCAUAUUUUUUAGCUGUCCUGCAUCCACGUGGGCAUCAGAAGAAUUUUAAGAACUCAAUGAUCAGGGGGUUAAACAAGUCGCAGGAUGACAUACUUUGCAAUCUCUAACGGUUGGGCCGCGGUCUGCACGUAUUAGGCGAACCCAUUGAUCAUCCUAGACCACAUCUAGGAUCGGGCAACAUUUCUUGGGAGGGGUUAAGUGGAGCAGAAUUUCUCGUAUGAGCUUGGUGCAUUUAAUGGUUUCAUGUUGUUCUUAUUGUGCAUACAAGCUCGGAGUUGGAGGUGAUUGGCCCUUGUUGGAAGUUGCUUUGUCAAUAUUGAAGAGAAUUCUCCAUGUCUGAGGAAUAUUCGUUGAUGGGAAGGGAGGCAGAAUAUUAGAGCAUAUAACUUGGUAUUAUAGAGAAAGUGUGCAGAUCAGAUAGGCUAGGAUUUUUUUGCGAAUGCCUAUAUUCGACAUAUCGUCUCCUAUGGGCGUAAUAGUGAUUGGUUUAAUAUGAAUUUUAGCGUCCAUCUAAGUGAGCAAGGUGGCAGCUGACUCUAAGGACCUGACGUUCCCCUUCUCCAAUUUUGAAAAAUUAGUGUGCUUUGGGCUUUCGAGGGACUUCUCAUGUUUAGAUUGGGAAACCGUUUGAUGUCAGCAUCUGCUUUGGUUUUUAUGUAGAUGGUAACCAUGAAGAGCUUUGUGCUGCAAAAAAUAAGAGAGGCAAAGCAUCUGAGUUCUGGAACAGCAGCAUGUUUCUUCUUUCUGGCGUCCAGUAUUCAGUGAAAUAUGGCAGAGAGUUGUAUAAUAUUGAAUUUUUGCCGAACCGAAAGCAUGUGUGUCGUUGUGGGAGCUGAAGUGCAACCUGUGUGAGGGCAGGGAGAGGUGAUGACGAAGAUCCCUGUUCCUGGAAGGCUUACCAAUGCUGAAAGAGUGGUAGAAGCUCCUACAGAAAAAGUUGGUUUCUCAGGUUGAAGUAUGAAUGGAGAUAUAAUUUUAAAACUGUAUUUUAUUUUUCUAGGGAAAAUAUUAAUUCUUUAUUUUCAGAUAUAUUUUUCAUAUGGUUAAAAGAUUUAUAUUUUUAACCAUAAAAAAACAUUGUGAUGAAUGGUGUUCAUCAACGCUACUCAUCAUGAUUUGCCUUGUUGAUUCUAUCGAAAAUAAUAAAUAUGGCAUCGAAUAUAGAAAUGGCAUCCUCGAAAACCAACAAUUAAGUUGGUUUUCUCUCUGAUCGCUGAUCGAGAUUGGAUGAUUUGAUAUCUUAUUGGAACUGGGAAAAUUGGAAUAAUUGAGCCAUAUCAUGCUGCCUUGGUUGAAAUUCGGGCAUACUUGUGUGAGGCCGUAGAAAAAAAUAAGUUGAUUUUAAAUACUUUAACUUUGCCUCUCAGUUGAUUUUACAAUGUAUCGGGAAUUAUAAAUUAAGAAAAAAAAAAGGUGUUCUCAAGCUUCAAAUAUAGUACUGGGGUCUAAGUCCACCCAUUGAUGUCUCAGUCGGUCCAUAUGUAGUACUGGGGUCGUGUAGUCAUCUCUGAAUAUGACUGAGUAUGAAAACUUAAUGCCCAAGUGCCCAUGUUAAUCGUUGUCCUUAAAAGAUUAUAAAUUGGACAACCUAAACAGCCUUUGUGACAUUUGCUGCGAGUUUUUCAUUGAUGGGUAUUUUGUCAAUAUUUUCUCUGAAAUGCAAGAGUUAUCUAUUUUUUUCCUUUUCCCAACAGGUUUUAUCUGUCUUGUUGAUACAGUAAUUGUUUCUUUUCCUUGGAUAGUGCUCCUUUUCUCCAGUUCAUUCACUUAUACAAGCACAUAUACAGUGAAUACGCAGAUUAUUUAUGUUUUCUAUGUGUUGUUACUUUGAUAGAUGGAUGUUCUUGCAUUGCUAUUAAUGGAGAUGUGGUUGCUCAAGGAUCUCAAUUUUCUUUGAAGGAUAUUGAGGUCUUGACAGCCCAAGUUGACUUGGAUGCUGUAAGUUAUUUAUGCUCAUCUGAACUAUAGUGGGAACGCACACUAAUGAUUUUAAAUUCUUGUUGCCUACCGAUUGAUUACCCAUUCAUGUCCGCUAACUUAAUGGAAAAUAAGCCAUUACCGAUCCAAACUGUGUUUACUGGAGCUAUUGGAAAUCAUCUGUCUAAAACGGAAGAAAAAUCCAAUAUCGGACAGAUGUCCAAUCAGGACUGGAAAGAGAGUGAAGAGUUCUCUUUGGUGGUGCUCAUUAUAUGAUGUUCUCACUUCCUCAGCAACCAUUUGUUUGAUUUCUUUCUUACUUUUCUGAGUUUGUAAAUUCUCUUAUUGUGCUUAGGUUCAAGCUGUAGGCCUCAGAUUUAUUUUUUUUAGGAGACUGCAUUGGCACGUAUGGCUGUGUGGAUCAAGAAACAUAUGUGAUGGUGCGGCAUCACAUAAUCUGUGGAAGUCGUGCUAUUAUUACAGCAAAUAUGAUGCGGCAUACCCUACUUUAAAACUCAAUCUGAUGGUUACGAGGAUACCAUGUUCGGGCAUCAUUUAUGUUCGUCAGUUUUCUUUUUGGUAGUGUUCUGUAUUCAUCAGGCUAGUGGCAAGACAUUUAACAACGUCUCUAUUUAAUGUCAGUGAAAACUGAGUCUAGAAAAACUCGAUGCAUUGCCAUCAGAAACCGUUUCCAGUAUCAUUCUAGAACACUGAGAUAUUUGCGCACACAAGGCCAGCCUUUAUCUUCUUCUCCACUUUCCCACAUCCCGUGUUCCCUCUUCUGUCUUUCCUUCUCUACAACAAACCCCAAAUGCAGUUAUCUGAUUCCCAGGUCGUCGCAGCGGUCAGAAUUUUGAGGGAUGGAGAGAGAGUGGGAGUGGAUGCUGUGGAAAAGUUUAGGAUGGGCCAUCAGCUGUGACAACAUGUGAUGCUGCAGAGGAGGUACAUGCUGGGGGACAGAGUGGAUGCGGUAAUGAGCGACAGGGCAUCAAUAAGUAAUAGGAAACGAAUUACCCAUUAUUAGAUCAUUUAAAGUGACAUUUAUUUAUUUUUAAGGCCGUUUUGAUGCUGCUUACUAUAUUGUGUUAUUUUUAUACCGUUGACAGCAUAAAACUAAAUUUCUAAUUGAAUAUUGUGUACCUUACUCGUAAUCUACCCAACAAAUAUAAUCGUCAAAAAUACAGUGUCUAAUAUUUUGUCAAAUUUUCUUUAGAUGCCUAAUGGGCCGUAAAGAGUCGAUAAACUUAUUUUUAUUUUUAGUUGUUUUUCGUCACCUUUUACCAAAUUAUUUUCCUUAGUCUUUUUUGUGGUAGUAAUUAUUACAUUCUAUUCUGACUGGCAGAUUGCUAGUUAUCGAGGAUCCAUAAGCAGUUUUAGAGAGCAAGCAAGUCAUAAAUCAAAACUUCCUUUUGUGAAGGCGCCAUACAAGCUAUGUACAUCCAUGAAUCUCCAGAUCUUCCCUACUAGUCCAGUGAAGGUGUUUUCUUUCUCCUUUGGUGCCUUGGAAUAUCGGAUAAUGUUAUUGAAUUCAUAUUUUUUCUUAAAUGACUCUGAAAGCAAUAAUCUGAAAAACGUUUCCCAUUUAUUUCAGAUAUAUUCAAAUUAGUUCUUUUCAUUCCCGUGUCUUGCACAAGGCUGUGGAAUGAUGGCAAGUUUAAAUCACUAUUCAUUUGUGUGCUCACAUAUGGAGUAGGUAUAUUGAUGCAUGAUACAAACGGUCAAAAACGCAUGAUUUGCAUGUAAACUUUCUGGCAUUCACAUGUUAGCUUUCCUGAGUUGAGCCAAAGUGGUGGGUAUGUUGUAGCAAGCGUUAUCUGUUCCAAAAAAUUAAGAUCAGCUACAAAACAUGCUUCUUAUGUUGCUGUUUCUGGAUAAUGAUUUAACCAAAUUGGUGGUGAGAAAAAUCUCUUGAUUGGUAGAGAGAGGAAAUAAUAGGACUAGGUGCUAAUUUGGUAUUCCACAUGAUUUAUGUGCACAUGCAUAUGCAUAUAUGUAUAUGGAGAAUAGUGUGGGAUAAGUCUGAGCGGAAAAAUAUGUUUUAUGUGCACACACACGCAUGAGAUAGACUGAGCAUGUGCUCUUCCAAAGUAUGAAUAUAACAUUUCCGCUAGCUCAGCUUGCAUAUUCUGUAAAUGUUCCUACAUAGAUCAUUGUCCUUUAGAAGGAAGUUUAAGUCCUUAUUCAACGCUAGACUUGAGCUGUGUAGAAUGCCUGUUGUUAAUGUAUUUCAUCAGUUGAAUUUUUUUAGAAGUUAUACAGAAAAAAAUGUCAAGAGUUAUAAAUAUAUCAUUGCUUUCGUUUCAAUGCCCCACUAUUUUUAGGGUUUAUAAAUGAUCUUUCUCAUCCAUAUGAAAAUAACUUCGAUGGUGAUAUGUUCUCUAAAGCAGUAUGGAAGGAUCUCUAGAGUUGAUGCCUCUAAAAAGCUUGAUGUUUGUCUUAGAAAGGUGUAAUUACAGAAUAAUAAUUUUGUUCGCUUGAGCUUUACCUUUGUUUCACUUAUGUGGUUAGCCCGAAGCAUUUUACGUUAUUUAUUAAUGUUAAGAAUCUUUCGUGGGUAUUAGUUCUUGAACCUCUGCUUUUAAAAUAUUAAUAUUAUGCUUGAUAAGAGGCUCUGUGCCACCUUUCCCAGCUUAAUGUGUAGUUAUCUUUUUAAAAAAACAUUUUCUGACCUGUCAUUUUUAGGUUAAAUAUCACUGCCCAGAAGAGGAGAUUGUUUUUGGACCAAGCUGCUGGCUAUGGGAUUAUCUACGAAGAAGUGGAGCUUCUGGUUUCCUUCUUCCACUUUCUGGUGGAGCAGAUAGUUCAUCUGUUGCAGCUAUUGUUGGAUCCAUGUGCCAGCUUGUUGUCAAAGGUGUUCCACGAAUCAUUUUUACCCUUUCCUCCGUAUGUGCAAUUUUUGGUAUUAAAUAUUCACAUGGAUAUUGAAUAUCUUUCGUCAUAUUUUUUCGAGCUUUUAUUUAUUUUUCAACCUUAAUUAAGCAUUUUAUAAAUGAUUGUGCAGACAUAGAAAAUGGAGAUGAGCAAGUUAAGGCGGAUGCAAUACGUAUUGGACAGUACAAAAAUGGAGAGUAUCCUACCAACAGCAAAGAAUUUGCCAACCGUAUAUUUUAUACUGUUUAUAUGGGAACGGAAAAUAGGUACUCAGAUCUGAGUUUCUUAGCCGGAAGAAAAUAUAAGGAAUUUAUUUGUUUACAACGAUAUAUUUAUCAAUAUUGUUCAAUUAACACGACAGAGUGUUUUUCGUUGUUUCUCUGUUGGCUCGUAAUGCACUCAACGACCUCUUUAUGCUUUCUUUAGCUUACUUUUCAAUUAUUUUCUUAUGUCCAUUACUGAUUCUAAUGGUGUUGUUUUUGCUAAAUGUUUAUUCUGGAAUGUAAAUGCCAAGUAAAUCUCUGUUUACUGUUGAGAAGAUGAGAGAGGACCGAGAGUGGGUGAGACAACAUGAAUAAAUUGUACUGCUCUGCCCUGCCCCCAAGGGAAUAUCAAAGCCUCUGUAUAUAGACUUUACAAUAUACAAAAGAGGGAAGUUGAAUUUGUGCAAAAGGAGGCAAGAACGGAGUAAAUAGUUGCUCAACAUUGAGAAUAGUAAUACUUCAUUCUAUCCCUUAUUUCAUGGGGUAUGAUUGUUAAUUGUCUCCUAUUUAGCAUAAAUGUUAUUCUGUAUCAAUGUCAGGCGUGAAAAUUUUCUCUGUUAACUCAUGAUUUAGCCAUGCCAAUGUCCAUCAUUUGCUGAACUUUUCACGGGAAACUUAUUUUUUAUGAAUUUAACAACCAAUCAUCCAAUCGUCCAAUUUUUUGUUAACCGUUUAAACUUUUUAAUCUUGGGGACAAUUCCAUUCGGUGCUGAGUAAACCUGGGGAGGUCACGGUGCUUCUUCACUAUGGACAUGGCUUCUACUACCUGCAAUGGAGAUUAUGGCCAGCUGGCGUUUGGGACUUAGGCUGAGCGAAAUGACUAGUUUAGUACCACACUACUAUUGUGCCAUAUAAAUCCCAUCUCAUUUGGCUCAUAAAGCGUAAGAAUAAGACAGUUGAAAGGCAUGGAUUGACUUCCCAUUGUCAAAGACGGCUUUAUGUUGUUCGAGUAAAGGUGACAUUAUGUUAUUCAUGAACUCUUUUGUGACUAAUGCUGUGAGUUUAGGAGUAUUUAUAUUUUGAAGUGUACCUAGGAAUUGUGAACUGCAUUCAAUUUCGAUGAUAAAAUCGUGGAUGCUUCUGUUUCCGAUUAUAUAUAAUACGUUGGAUACUAUAUCCUCUUAUUAUGUGAAAUUUUCUGCAUGAGCAUUAACAGCUACACUUUUUAUGUGUCUUUCAGUUCUGAUGCUACGAGAUCACGGGCUAAGAAGCUGGCCGAUGAAAUUGGCUCCUGGCACCUUGAUGUUCCUAUAGAUAGUGUUAUAUCUGCACUUCUGUCACUCUUUCAAACAAUUACAGGGAAGCGCCCACGUUACAAGGUUAACAGUUCAGAUAGUUUAAGAUGUGUUACAAAAGUCUCUACUUUUUACUAAAAACCUCUGUCGCGUAUAACAUUUCAUGUUAAAACCUACUUCUUGAUGUGUUAAAGAAAAUAAAAUCAUUUUUUACGUCUAUAACCCUAAAAAAAUCUUGAACCGAAUUCAUGACUGUCCUUUAAUGGUGUGGUAGGUUUUCGUCAGGAGUCGUCUUAGUGGGUACAUUCUUGAAAAAAUAGAGAAGAAACUUUAGGAUAGCAUCUGAUUUAAGAAUUUGCGUAGUUGGUGACUAAUUUGCAAGACUUUGGUACAAUUCCAAAAAUUAUGGAAAAAAAAAACCGUCAAGCAAAGUUGUGAACGUUUUUGAUGAUUCCAGGUACCAGAUUGACAGCAUGGGUUGCAGACCAUUAGAUCGUCCAGAUUUUAUAUCCCAAGUGAAAGUAAUAAGGGAAGGUUUUACAUGUGAAGUCUCUUUAGGGGAGUAUUUUAUGGUCAUUAUCCUCACAUCUUGAAACGUAGAAGAGUUGAGAAAUUUUGGAAUGCAGGGCAGCUGUGAGAAGAACUAUACGGCAGAUUUUUUUUGUUCAUCAGGGACAUCUUUGACACCCCUAAAUUUAGCAUCUAUCUUCGUCAAGGCCAUCUUCUGGAGUUUUUCUCCGUUUAUUUUUUCCAUAGUGAGUUUUGUAUCUGGUAUUUCUCUUUAUUGACUGUUGCAAAGUACAACAGAGACUUUUUGUAAGUUUCGCAUCUAAAUUUCUAUUUUGAAUCGUCCACAAGGAAAUAUGGGUUCUUGUAUUUGAAUGCUAAUGUAGCAAUGUUCUUCACAUUUCCAUAUUGCCCAAGAGGAUGAAUGUGGAACCCACGAAUCAUUAAUGUCCUACAUUUACGUGUAAUUUAUGUAUAUGCUACUUCUAUUUAAUCUGUGUAGCUGUGUUUUUUCUUGGAGGUGGACACCUUCAACCUUAGCAUGAUUAUCUCAACUUCAGUUCACAUUAGACUGGCCUAUUUUAUUUUCUACAGGUUGACGGUGGAUCAAAUGCUGAAAACUUAGGGCUACAGAAUAUCCAAGCCCGUGUUAGAAUGGUGCUAGCAUUUAUGCUAGCAUCACUUAUGCCUUGGGUUCAUAACAAAUCAGGUUUCUUCCUAGUGCUGGGAAGCUCAAAUGUCGACGAAGCUCUACGUGGUUACUUAACAAAGGUAAAGCUCUCUCUACAUGGAAGAGGUUUUAUCGAUAUCAGUCCAUCCGCUUCAUACUCUGUGGAGCCAGAGGCUUUAAAUUCCUUUUUAGUAGAAAGCAUCCUAGAAGAUGUGUUGAUGUUCUGUUGUUGAUACCUUUUAUCAUAAUAAUUUAUCUAGCUUACUGAUAUUUGUAAUUUCUUGCUGGGUCCUGAUUAUUUAUUUAUUUUACCAUAAACGAAUUAUUCCACCCCAUUUAUAUAUAUAUAUUUAUAUUUAUAUAUAUAUAUAUGAUCUCCCCUACAGUAUGACUGCAGCUCUGCCGACAUAAAUCCAAUCGGGAGUGUGAGUAAGCAGGAUCUACGAGCGUUUUUACGCUGGGCUGCGAUCCAUCUAAGCUACACCUCUUUGAAAGAAAUUGAAGAAGCUCCUCCUACCGCUGAACUAGAACCUAUACGUCCAGACUACAACCAGGUACCAUAAAUAGUCUUCUCUUGCCUGUGAGCGCUUUUUUCUAUUCAUAGCUACUUUUGAGCUCUUUGUCUUUCACAGAUUCCGAUUCUGCCCAACUAGUAAUCUGGCAUUUACAUCUUGUUAUUUCACUUAAGUCAUCUCUUUGAUUAAAACCCAACGCUGACAUAAAUUAAAAGAAGAAGAGAUGGGAGUGGUAUUUAAUUCCUCUCUUCACUCAUUGUUUUCCUUCAUAUUUCCUGCCUUGUUUCCAAGUUAAUAUCACCUAACUUAGGCAACACCUUCCUUCGCCACUUUGUUUCGAUGAUCAUUGCAUUUCUAGAUUUUUUCUGUGGGCAAUUUAAUGGUGAGAGUACUAUUGAUCAUCAGAAUUUUUAUUUAUUUAUUUAUUUAUUUAUUUAUUUAUUUAUUUAUUUAUUUAUUUAUUUUUGGCUACUAAUGCAUACCGUUUACAGUUGGACGAAGUGGACAUGGGGAUGACUUAUGAGGAACUCUCGGCAUACGGAAGACUGCGUAAGAUCUUUCGCUGUGGGCCAGUAUCAAUGUUUCAGGUGGGUUUUCCAAUAUUUACCAUUCUAAAUUUCAGUGAGAUAUUUUUAGUAACGUCAAAGCAUGAUUUUACUAAAAUUACAGUCGAAGUGAUCAGCUACUCCUCGAUUUUUAUUGGGAAAUUAUUAACGUUUAUAGGAAUUUAUAGAAAUAAUCCAGAAUCUGGCUGAUCGCAAUUUCCUGAGAUGAUUUCUUGUUUUGUUCUUCUAGAUAUUCUCCACAUAAACCUUUUCUUGCUCUAUCGAUACCUGUUCUGUGGAAUUUCUUUCCUCAUUAUUCGAACCCACAGGUCGUCGUUUGACUCCCCCCCUUCUUUGUACAGAAUCUCUGCCACAGAUGGUGUGGGAGGUUGACCCCGACAGAGGUAGGAGAGAAAGUCAAGCACUUCUUCAAGUACUACUCCAUCAACCGGCAUAAGAUGACCGUCCUCACCCCCUCCUAUCACGCCGAGGUACCCUCCAUUCCUUCUGACCAUGAUCUCCCUGAAUGGAGGGUCCUGGAUCAUUUGAUGGAUGGCAUAUCCACGCCGGUGGUUGCAGAGCUACUCUCCAGAGGACAACAGAUUUGACCUCCGACAGUUUCUUUACAACUCAAGAUGGCCGUUCCAGUUCCGCAAGAUAGAUGAGCUGGCUAGGGAUCUACAGACCAAGCAGCAAGCUCUUCCUCCUCCUGUGCCGCCUACCCCAGAGGAUGAGUCAACGAAUGGAAGUGGGAUGGGUGUGGUAGCUGCCGGGGCUGCAAAUCCCAGUGCUGGCCUCUGA